AUGAAGGAGCCCGACGCCAUCAAACUCUUCGUGGGGCAGAUCCCGCGGCACCUGGAGGAGAAGGACCUGAAACCGAUUUUUGAGCAAUUCGGGAAAAUCUACGAGCUCACCGUCAUCAAGGACAAGUACACCGGCAUGCACAAAGGCUGCGCCUUCGUCAAGUUCCAGAGCCACGCAGAGGCCCAGGCCGCCAUCGCCGCCCUGCACGGGAGCCGCACGCUGCCGGUAGGGACCGUCCUGGGCGCUGUCACCUGUGGUGUCACCUUCGUCACCUUCAUCACCUUCAUCACCCCAUCACCAUCCUCAGCAUCAUCACCCCCUGCGCUGACACCUCCAGCAUCCUCGGUUGGGGGCGGUGGUGGCGCUGGGGGCGGCGGUGGCCGCGGUGGUGGCCGCGGUGGUGGCCGCGGUGGUGGCCGCGGUGGCCGCGCGGUGCCAGGCGUGUCCCCACAGCUGAUGCAGCAGCAGGCGGCCCUGGUGGCCGCGCACUCGGCCUACCUCAGCCCCAUGGCCACCAUGGCCGUGCAGAUGCAGCACAUGGGCACGGUCAACCCCAACGGGCUCAUCGCCACCCCCCUGCCACCCUCCUCAGGAACCAGCACGCCCCCGGCCAUGGCGGCCACCCCCGUCCCGGCCAUCGCGGCCCCGCUGAGCGUCAAUGGCUACAGCCCCGUGCCCGCGCAGCCCGCGGGACCCCCCGCCCCCGACGCCGUCUACGCCGGGGGGACGCUCCAGCAUUGGAACGAUCCCAUCCCGGAAUUCCCAGACUGUGACAACGCUNCAGGCUUCGUGAGCUUUGACAACCCCGCGAGCGCCCAGGCCGCCAUCCAGGCCAUGAACGGUUUCCAGAUCGGGAUGAAGCGGCUCAAGGUGCAGCUCAAGAGGCCCAAAGACGCCAACCGGCCCUACUGAGCCUGGUCCGGAGGCUCCGGAG